AUGGGUUGUUGUUUUGGAAAGCAAGCAAGUUUCCGUAAAAAGCAUUCAGGUAAGGAUGAUGUUGAUAUUGAGCCAGGUCUUUUUGUGGGUUACUUCACACGACGACUAUUUCAUAACGACUAUUUUUUUUCGGCCUAUUUUUUUUGGCCUAUUUUUUCUGUCGAGGCUCAUUUAUGAAGCUGCUAACUCCCUCCCCCCAUCCUUUAUCAAAUGAUUGACUGUAAAAAAUUCCUAAAAAUUGGGGAAAUUAAACCCCAUCUUAAUCGAACGAUUUUCAUAUCAUGCAAAUUUUUAUAUAUAUAAAAAUAUAUUAGCUAUCAAAAGCUUGGGAAGAUGUACCUAAUGAAAUUGUUUUCAGAAGCUCUGAGACGGCAGAAAGCUACGAAAUCAACCAUCUGAAGUACUUUAGUCAUCAAUCUGGGCUUAAAAACUCAAUAAUCUAAAAAAUAGAGAUUCUUUUAAAUUUUAAAAAAAAAAUUUUUAAUUCAAUAAUGAGCAAAAUAAAAUUUAUACAGUUUAAAGGGGUAACUAAAUCAAAAUAUUAAAAAUUGGCAUUUUUUAUGAAAUUAAUUCAAUUUUUGCAGUAGAAAUAAUUAUUAAAUACUCUUAACCCUCUUAUUUAAAAGUAAAUAAAAAACAAUAUAUCUAUAUUUUUAUUUUAUGUAUAAAAUUUUUUUCCCAAAAAUAUUUUUUUAAACCCAUCUUUAAUCGAACGAUGGAGAGCCGCUCAAUCAAGGAUGGGGGGGAGUGAGAGAACUAAAUAAUUAUUGAGUAACGGAGUCAUUUCCUUAGGCGAUUAAUAUUGAGUAAAUUAAGUGGAAAACUCCUAAUUAAAUCUAAAAUUCUCGAAUAUUAAAAAACAAUGAAUUAGUAUUCAUGGAGUAAGAGAUAUGUUAAAAAAUGCAUUUUUUGUUGAUAAAAUCGUUUAAAAUACAUUAAAAUUUAUAUUAAAAUUAUUAGUAUGGAAUUAGGCCCAAAUAUUAGUAAAAAAUAGCUAAAAAAUGGCCCAAAAAAAAUAGGCCAAAAAAAUAGGCCAAAAAAAAAUAGGUGAAAAAAAUAGGCCAAAAAAAAAUAGCCAUUAUAAAAUAGUCGUCAUGUGAAGACACGCUUUUUGUGAGUGCUAAUAAACUUAAGUUUAUUGAUGUCUAUGAGAUUGGGAGGUCCUUAGGCCAGGGUGGCUAUGGAGAAGUUAGAGAAGCUACUCAUAGAGAUUCGGGUCAGCUGCGCGCAGUUAAGAUUUUUACGAAAGAAAACACUAAUUCUAUGCCAGAAGCUGAACUCCUCAAUGAAGUAAACGUGAUGAAAUCGAUUGAUCAUCCAAAUAUUGUCCGAAUUUUUGAAUAUUUCGAUUCCAUAAAAAAAGCUUAUAUUGUGAUGGAGUUGUGCAAAGGAGGAGAGCUGUUUGAUGAAAUUAUUAAAAGGCGCCAAUUUUCAGAAGAUGAUGCAGCUUCAGUUGCAAAGCAAUUGUUUUCAGCUGUAGAUUAUUUACAUGAGCAUAAUGUAAUCCAUAGAGAUCUAAAGCCUCAGAAUAUCCUUCUAGAAAAUAAAGGAGAACUUAAUAGCAUCAAGGUUUCUGACUUUGGAAUUGCAAAAGUAUCAAAAAGAUUUAAAAGACUUAAUGAAGUCAUCGGAACUGCCUAUUUCAUGGCACCAGAAGUUAUUUCAGGAAAAUAUAAUUUCAAAUGUGAUUUAUGAAGCUGUGGUGUAAUUAUUUACAUGAUGCUGUCUGGGCAUCCUCCUUUUCAAGCAAGAAACCAAGAAGAGUUGUUUGUGAAAAUUUCCAAAAGAGAUUGGUCAUUUAGAGAGCCAGUCUGGGCUGAAGUUUCUAGGCACGCAAAAGAUUUAAUCUCAGCACUAUUGAGCCCUAUGGAAACAAGGUUGAAUGCAAAAGAAGCCUUAGCACAUCCAUGAAUUCAAAGAGUCUGCCCAGAAAUUCAAAAUACCCAAUCGUUAGAGCCAGCUCUUGACAAUUUAAAGGGGUUUCAAAGUAAAGGAAAAUUGAGGGACGCAUUAAGUACAUUUAUAACCUUGCAUUGCAUUUCUAACGAUGAUACAAGAGGUCUUAAAGAAGUUUUUAGAUCAAUCGACAAGAAUGGAGAUGGAAAACUAAGCAAAGCCGAGCUGAUGGAACAAUAUAUCAAGUUUAUGGGCCAAGAAGAAGCUAAAGAAGAAGUUAAAAAAAUCAUGAAAGAGGUCGAUACUGAUAAAAGCGGAUUUAUUGAUUAUACAGAAUUUUUAAAGGCAUCUAUGGACCAAAGAAGACUUAUGUCUGUUGGCAAUCUUAAGGCGGCUUUCGCUAUGUUUGAUAAAGAUAAAAAUGGAACGAUUACUAAAAAGGAGAUAAAAGAUGCGAUUGGAGAAGAUGGACGCGUGCUGGAUAAAAUCUGGAGGGAUAUUAUAUCAGAACUUGACACUAAUGGUGAUGGGGAGAUUGAUUUUGAAGAAUUUGAAAAUGUGAUUAUGGGGAAAAUGCCAAGAAAUCAUAUCUAG